GUCGGCCAGUUGGCCGGUGAAACAGUUUGUCAUUCCGGCGGUGGGUUCAUCAAACUUUGAAUCCGAGAGCAAACAGUUGGUCUGCAACUUGCCUUUGCUUUCCGCAGGUAACAAAACUUUCGGGCGGCGGAGAAAAUGUCGUCUUUUAAGUACCCAGACAUCACCCGGGCAGAGAUCGUCGGCUAUCUAGCUCUUUUCGGAUUCGACAUCCCCAUAGGCGAGCAUGAUCUUCUCAAUCCCGCUCGAGAACUGGUUGAAAAUCUCUACACCUUCCUUCUCGGCUACUUGGAUUUGCUCCAGGAGGAUGACGGGCAGGCUGCAUUUGGUGCCUUACAGGUCUUCGACAACCCGGAGCUCCAUGCUUCUGCUAUCCCAAUGAUGAAUUUUUAUCAGAAGGUAAGAGGGUUGUUGGGUGCUAUCGAGUGCCCCGAGAGGUUUACACUUAGGGAUUUGAUUAAUCCCGAUCCGGAUCGCACCAAGCUCUUUCUUGGUUCUAUUCUUAACUUCUGCAUGCACAGGAAAGUCAAAAUGGAUGAACUGACAUCAUUAGCAGAUGAGUUGAAUGCUUUCUUUGAGCAAAAAGAAGCUCUAGAGGAGAAAAUAUCCCAGUUGAGUGCAAAGAUUGCUGAAUGCAAUGAAUCGAGGGAGAAGGAAACACCUUUUGUGCAAGAAGAGGAUGCUAAAGUUAGGGGAUUGAAGCAGGCUAUCUCCGGUCUUAACAACCAUCAGCUGACCUUAAAGUCUGAAACAAAGAAGAUGAAGGAGAAAGCACAUGAGUUGGAUGAGCAGAUUUCUAGUGCUGAUUUCGCUUUGUUGGAAAGUGCUCGUGAAAAUGCGGAGUUACGGUCCAAAAUUGUUCAAUCUCCGGACAAGCUUCAGAGGGCCCUAGAAUAAAAAAGGUCUCAACAAGCUGAGGCAA